CUGGCGCGCCGGCGCUGGAGUCGGGAAGGGGGGGGCGGGGGAGCGAUGGUCGCAAGAUGGCGGCGCUGAAGGAGGCUCGGAGCUACGGGCUGUCGUGCGGGCGGGUGAGCGACGGCAGCAAGGUGUCUGUAUUCCACGUGAAGCUCACCGACAGUGCCCUGAGGGCUUUCGAGAACUACCGUGCCAACCAGGAUUCUGUUUCACUGAGACCAUCAAUCCAAUUUCAAGGAAGCCAAGGGCACAUCUCCAUCCCCCAGCCUGACUGCCCCUCGGAGGCCCGGACCUUCUCCUUCUACCUCUCCAACAUCGGCCGUGACAGCCCGCAGGGCAGCUUUGACUGCAUCCAGCAGUAUGUGUCCAGCCAUGGGGACAUCCUCCUGGACUGCCUGGGCAGCAUUCAAGACAAGAUCACAGUGUGUGCUACUGACGACUCCUACCAGAAGGCGCGGCAGAGUAUGGCACAGGCUGAGGAGGAGACACGGAGCCGCAGUGCCAUCGUCAUCAAGGCUGGAGGCCGCUAUCUGGGCAAGAAGGUUCAAUUUCGGAAACCAGCCCCAGGGGUGACAGAUGCUGUGCCCUCCCGGAAGCGGGCAACUCCCAUGAACCUGGCAAGUGCCAUCAGGAAGAGUGGCACUGGCAGCAUGAGUGGGGGCAGUGGAGUAUCUCAGAGGCCCUUCCGUGACCGGGUACUGCACCUCCUGGCUCUUAGGCCCUACCGUAAGGCUGAGCUGCUGCUGCGGCUACAAAAGGAUGGCCUGGCACAGGCAGACAAAGACAUGCUGGAUGGCCUUCUCCAACAGGUGGCCAAUGUGAGUGCCAAGGAUGGCACAUGCACCCUGAGGGACUCCAUGUACAAGGAUGUGCAAAAGGACUGGCCCGGCUACUCAGAGGGGGACCAGCAACUGUUGAAGAGGGUGCUUGUCCGGAAGCUGUGCCAGCCACAGAGUACAGGUGGCCUCCCUGGAGACCCUGCUGCCUCUAGCCCUCCUAGUGAGCAUGGGAGUUCAGCUUCACCUCCUCAGAAACGGACACAGCCUCCUGAGUUCAUCGAUCCCUUGGCCAACAAGAAGCCCAGGAUAUCGCACUUCACUCAGAGAGCACAGCCUGCCGCUGUCAAUGGGAAGCUGGGCAUGCCCAACGGUCGCGAGGGCCUGCUGCCCACCCCGGGCCCACUGGCCAUCUCGGACGUCCUCAGCUCCCGCAGCCACCCACCCUCACGGUUGGAGCCCUUGAGGGCCCACGACCCUCUGGCUGACGUGAGCAAUGACCUGGACCACAGUGGCCGGAACUGUGAGUGUGGGGAUGCAGCUGCCCCAGGCCCUACUGCACACCUUGGCUUGCCUCUGCUGACGGACUGUGCCCAGCCUAGCAGGCUCCAUGGUGGCCCCUCACGCAGCAAGUCCAAGAAGAAGUCCAAGAAACACAAAGACAAGGAGAGGGUGGCCGAGGACAAGCACCAGACCCAGCCACCAGACCAUACGCCUGCCAUUCAUGGAGCCUUGCCAGACACCCCAAGUUUAAAUGGAACCUGUGGCAGUGCCAGUGUGCCCACAUCAACGUCGGAGAUUCCGGACUAUUUGCUAAAAUACACAGCCAUCUCCUCCUCGGAGCAGCGCCAGAGCUACAAGAAUGAUUUCAAUGCCGAGUACAGCGAGUACCGUGACCUACAUGCCCGGAUCGAGCAGAUCACACGGAGAUUCACACAGCUGGAUGCCCAGCUCAGGCAGCUGUCUCAGGGCUCUGAGGAGUACGAGACUACUCGUGGGCAAAUUUUGCAGGAAUAUCGAAAAAUCAAAAAGACCAACACCAACUACAGCCAGGAGAAGCACCGUUGUGAGUACCUGCACAGCAAGCUGGCCCACAUCAAGCGGCUCAUCGCCGAGUAUGACCAACGGCAGCUGCAGUCCUGGCCCUAACUGCCUACCCAUCCUCGCCCUUCCUGGCAGUCAGGAUGGCAGGGACCUAGGGGCGGGGGGGGGGGGCAAAAGAAGGGAGAAAGAGGAUUUAUUUAAAAAAAUAAACAUGAGUAAUACACGCUCAUCUGAGCCAGCA